GAAUUACAAGACAUUGAUUUUUAACGUUAGAGAACAAACUGCAGGAAAACGCGGCUACUUUUUUUUUUAAAUCAAAUCCGAGCUGCAGAAGACCCAAAGUUGAAUUAUGUAUAGCACAAGGAAAAUCUUUCUAUAACCAGAGGGUCAAAGAGAGUCAGAAAGCAUACAUUUCCACAGAUUCUUUGACAAUGAGUGUGCUUUAUCUAUUAGUAAUAACCAACGACUGCAGAUGGCUUAAAUCUAAAGGCAAGUCCCCCGGAACUUUCAUCUCUGCAGCCCAUGCAAGAAUGCAUUAGGUAAAAUUACAUCUUUCUAAUUUUUUUAUUGUGAUUUAAAUGCAAAUAAGUGUCUUGCAUGCAGAACCUCCCGCUCCCCCCACACACCCCCCAAGCUUGCUCGCAUCAGCUGAAUCAAGUGACUGCCUUAGACAACACUACAGCCUGGUCCGCGGAAGCAGCUGGGGGGGUUUCGACCAAGCUGGGCUCAGAAGCCAGUUGUUGGCGCUGUCCGUGGUGCUGAGGAAUUCCCGGCUGCCGUCAGGAUGAGCUCCGAAUCAGCAGUCUGCAAACUGCUCCCAGCGAUGCCAAACCCCAGUUAAAGUUGCGCCUUUGCUUCACAUCCACAGUUAGAAUCUUCCGGUGUGUGAGGAGGGAUUCAGUCAACAUACUGUGGACGAUGCCGAUGCUUCUGCUGGUGGAGUGGGCUUUAAGCUUCAGUAUGCUGUUUCUGUUUGUGAUCCUCAGAGCCUAGCCAAGUCACCUCUACUGCCGUAGCAAACACUGUGUAAGUGAACUCAUGUGUGGAGGAGGCGUAAUCAGCCAGGAAAUUUCAUAGAAGGAUCUAAGAAAACGCUAAAAAUAAGUUCAACAUGAUUCUGCUACCGGGGUCCAGAUUUCCACAGGACCAGCACUGCUUCUGGCUUUGAAUUCUGAAGACAGGUCCAAAGCGUAUUUCUUAUGUGUGUCUGCUGUGUUCCUGUCUGGAAGGGUGGGAGACUGCUUCUUGGCUGUGUUUUGAAAUGGGGAAUAGAGAGGACGGAUUGCCUUUAAUUCAUGCCUGAAAAUGCAUUCUUUGGGUGACUAAAGAGGACCGGCUUACCUAAGAGAUACCUGACCUUUAAGUUCAGAUUGGUCUGUGACCCCCAGCACCACCAUUAACCUCAGAGUGACUAGCCCACCCCUCUUGCAUUCCCAUGGAAGGAGCUGAGUGUGUUUAAUAUUAGGAGAACAUCCAGAAGUCUGUGAGGAGGGGGAUGGCUCUUCAUAUUCAUGAAGCUUGCAUACUUCUAUUGGUCAUCCCUGGAUUGGUCACCCCUGCUGCCAUCAGUCACGAAGACUAUCCUGCUGAUGAAGGUGACCAGGCUUCCAGUAAUGACAAUCUGAUCUUUGAUGACUAUCGAGGGAAAGGGUGUGUGGAUGACAGCGGCUUUGUUUACAAGUUGGGAGAACGGUUUUUCCCAGGGCAUUCCAACUGUCCGUGUGUCUGUGCCCUAGAUGGACCUGUCUGUGACCAGCCGGAAUGCCCUAAAAUUCAUCCGAAAUGUACAAAAGUGGAACACAAUGGAUGCUGUCCUGAAUGUAAAGAAGUGAAAAACUUUUGUGAAUAUCAUGGGAAAAAUUACAAAAUCUUGGAGGAAUUUAAGCCCUCUCCAUGUGAAUGGUGUCGCUGUGAGCCCAGCAAUGAAGUUCACUGUGUUGUAGCAGACUGCGCAGUUCCAGAGUGUGUCAACCCAAUCUAUGAACCAGAGCAAUGUUGUCCUGUCUGCAAAAAUGCUUCAGAGCCCUAGCGCGGCUCCAUCCCUUCAGCUGCAGAUAUUGGUGGCUGGAGUCAAGGGCCAGGCCCCAGAAAAGUUUCACAGAAGGGACAUACGUAGGGCCAAAUUGGACCCUCUGAUUCACACCGUGUAUCUCUGAGAUGUGUGGUAAGUGUCCAUGGUACUGCUAAUGCCACAGCCAAGAUGGGAAAACAGAGCCGACUUUCACUCAUUGUACCCAGAAGCUGGAUCCCGAUGCCAAUUGCGCUGUAAAGCAUAUUUCUCAGGCAUCGCUUUCCUGGGCACUAUGCAUUUUAAUUGCACAUACUGCAAUUAAAAUCUGGGUUUUAAGAAAUGAACAAUUCCCUUGUGCUUCCAGGUCAAUUGCGCUUCUGUAUUCUUUGACAAACAAACAAAUCUGCUUAACAACUGAAGUUGCAAUAAGAAUAGAAACUUAAGGUUUUAGUAAGUUUGGUUUAAACAAGAAAAAUAAAAAAACACAUGAGCACCAAGGAAAAAGCAAUGGGGCGGUGACAAAUAGAAGGUACAUUCGAGACUCGCUUGCUGGCCAACUCUGAAGAGCAUCAGUUAUUCAUUACAGUGUGAACAGUACCCCCUGUAGUUCUGUAAUUAAGACACCCUACAAGAUCAUAAAUACCCUAGCGCCAGUUUCGUAAAGGAAAACUGGGUCCAGUGAAUUAGAAGUGUCCACCAAGGAGACAAAAGGUGGGGCAAGAAGAUGGAUUUGAUAGAUAAAGCGUUUUCCACAUAAGCGUGUGACCUGAGUCCAAACCCCCAGGUCCUGCAGAAAGCCAGGCGAGAUUGUUCAGAUUUGUAAUGCUGGCACUGCUGCUCUUACAGUGAGAUGGGAAACAGAGCGAGGAGAAUUUUCUGGAGCUUGUGGGUCAACUGUCCUGCCACGCACAGCGGCAAACCAUAAGAAAUCCUGUCUGAAACUAGGUGAAAGUCAAGACCUACACCUGAGCUUGCACUCUGACUUCCUCCCGUGUGCUGCAGCAGGGGCAUGACUGACAUUAGUCUGUUUUAAACAUUUACAUGAAGUCAUCUCCAAUAUUAUCCCUAGCACUCAGUGGAGGACAAUCUGUAACUGUGGAAAACAUAAUGCAGAGAUCUUAGCCUCCCUCAAACAGUAUUCACACCGUUGGAAGUCUAUUAAUGAAGAGAUUAAGAAAUUCCAAUAACCUUUUGUUGGAUUACGGUAGUCUUUAGAAAGAUAUUGACUCGCUAGAAUGCCUGAUUGUUUGUAUAGUUACAACUAGUGGCAAUUCUGUUUUUAAACGGCAGAGUGGAGCCAUUAAAAAUUACAAGUAAUGUUGAAACAAUAUGGACAUUGUUUGAAAAUGAUUUAUAGAUUUGUUUCAGAUGAGUCAAAAAUGUUCUUUAAGCUAAACCAUAAAGUCCAUUCACUGUCAAAGAUGAGCAAAGGAUUAGCCUUGUCUGGAGGUAAUGUUUUGUAACUCUUUAUUUCAAACUGCAUCCCUGUAAUGUUUCUGAAACUAUCUCUUACAUAUCGCCAGACAAAUUUCUAUUUAAUCUUUGCUUUCUGUCUUGUCCUUCAUAAAAGCAGUGGAUGAGGCAAAAAUACUUUUCAGCAAAACAUCCAGUGUUCUUCUCUGCAGCUCUGGUCCUACACCUUCUCUUUUGUAUCCCUCAAUUUCCAGUUUAGAAUCUCUUAUUGAAGUUGACCUAUUGACAUGUACUUGAGCUUGACUCCCAAGAAGAAAAUACAAGGUUUAUUUCAUUUGAACUUAAUUAGAUGCUACAAUAAAGACUAUAAUCCAACGGCACUGUGACCGCUGAUAAACCAUGAGCUUCCAGGGAGGCCUACAGACAGACGAGUGUGUCAUAAAGUUGUAUGAGUUUAAUCCAAUUUCAAACACUAAGUGUUAGGCAGGCAACCUGACUUGCAGUGGACACAGCUAUAGAGUGCCUGGAUCAAUUAUAUGAACACAGUGUUAUAAGAGAAAUCAAUAAAAUCCUAACAGAAAGUAAAACACAAGUUACAAAAAUGAGAAGACACAGAAUCUCUCUCUCUCUCUCUCUCUCUCUCUCUCUCUCUCUCUCUCUCUCUCUCUCUCUUACACACACACACACACACACACACACACACACACACACACACACACUUGCAUGCAUACACAAAUGGUCUUAUGCAUGGAAACAUCUAAGAAAAGACCAAUAGACAGCAUAGACUCUUUGGACAACAUAACACCUCAGUAUCUCAGGCUUUCGAUCCAAGCCAGAGCUUCACCACUGGCAGACAUGCUAAGUGUUAGCCAUUUAAACAGUCUCUAAUGUCCUGUAUUUGAGCAACAAUGAAAAAGCUUUGCUUCUCCUAAUGCUAGACUUAGCCAUCUGUCACACUGUGAGAACAUACGGACUUUUUUUGUCCAACACCAAAGCCCCAGUGCAUGGCAUAUAGUAAACACAGAGGAAAUACUAGAUUAUAGAAACAUUUCACUUUUUCUUUGAUCAAAUAUUCACUUAUUGGGUGCCUGAUGCAUCUCUUUCCAGUACUACAGCAGGAACAGACCUGUGUGUGAAUCAUACUGUAGCUGCUACCCCAUGUUGGCCUUUACUGUGAGAAUAACCAUUAGAUGGAUAAAGAAUUAGGCCAGCAGAAACCUUUGCAAGCCCAAUGGUCACAAUGGAUUGAGAUGAACUGCAUGCCCUUGAAAACUUUCUGUGUUUACAUAUUUAUAGCUAACUAAAAGAUUGAGUCCUAGCCAGCAAACACUUGGUCCACUAUGGCAAAGUGCCUUUGCUUCUAGAACAAAAAAUGCUAACAUCCUUCUCAUGAUUGGGUAAGUUCUAACAGCUUGUAGAGAGAGAUUUAUUUUUUUCACAUAUUAAUUUCUUUUAAUUCUUCAUUUUAACAUGUUCCAAUUAUAGCAAUUUUAAUUAAUUACUAUAAUAAUUAAUUACUGCUUUCUUUUUUUUCCUUACUUUUUUUUUAUUAACUUGAGUAUUUCUUAUAUACAUUUCGAGUGUUAUUCCCUUUCCCGGUUUCCAGGCAAACAUCCCCCUCCCCCGUCCCCUUCUUUAUGGGCGUUACCCUCCCCAUCCUCCCCCCCAUGCCGCCCACCCCCAACAAUCUGGUUCACUGGGGAUUCAGUCUUAGCAGGACCAAGGGCUUCCCCUUCCACUGGUGCUCUUACUAGGAUAUUCAUUGCUACCUAUGAGGUCAGAGUCCAGGGUCAGUCCAUGUUUAGUCUUUAGGUAGUGGCUUAGUCCCUGGAAGCUCUGGUUGCUUGACAUUGUUGUACCUAUGGAGUCUCGAGCCCCUUCAAGCUCUUCCAGUUCUUUCUCUGAUUCUUUCAACGGGGGUCCUGUUCUCAAUUCAGUGGUUUGCUGCUGGCAUACGCCUCUGUGUUUGCUGUAUUCUGGCUGUGUCUUUCAGGAGCGAUCUACAUCUGGCUCCUGUCGGCCUGCACUUCUUUGCUUCAUCCAUCUUGUCUAAUUGGGUGGCUGUAUAUGUAUGGGACACAUGUGUGGCAGGCUCUGAAUGGGUGUUCCUUCUGGGUCUGUUUUAAUAUUUGCCUCUCUCUUCCCUGCCAAGGGUAUUCUUGUUCCCCUUUUAAAGAAGGAGUGAAGCAUUCACAUUUUGAUCAUCCGUCUUGAGUUUCAUUUGUUCUAGGCAUCUAGGGUAAUUCAAGCAUUUGGGCUAAUAGCCACUUAUCAAUGAGUGCAUACAAUGUGUGUUUUUCUGUGAUUGGGUUACCUCACUCAGGAUAUUUUCCAGUUCCAACCAUUUGCCUAUGAAUUACAUAAAGUCAUUGUUUUUGAUAGCUGAGUAAUAUUCCACUGUGUAGAUUUACCACAUUUUCUGUAUCCAUUCCUCUGUUGAAGGGCAUCUGGGUUCUUUCCAGCUUCUGGCUAUAAUAAAUAAGGCUGCUAUGAACAUAGUGGAGUCUUUGUUAUAU